AAUCCUCGCACUCAACGCCCUCGCCACCUUCUUCCUCCCCACCAACCCAUUCAUCCGCCCACUCACCAUCUCCAACUUCCUCUUCUUCCCCUCCUCCCCCCCCCCACACUCCUCAAACGCCCUUACAAACUCCCGCGGCGUCUUCCACCUCCGCUGGAUCUCGAGGGCUUUAUCACCCGUCACGCCGCGCGUGCACAUCAGCAUCUUCAAGAAGACGUCGCGGAGGGUGAGGGUCUCGGAUUUAGAGGCGAGAGAGGCGAAUGCUUGGUACGUGAUGUUGUGCGUCACGCCGGGGUGUUCUUCGGAUAGUUGGGUUAGGAGGGGGAGGUGGUUUUGCGUCGUGAGGACGCGGGUUGGUAUCACUUUCAGAGGCUUAGACUCGUACAGCCCCUUCAGCAUCACGGUCAUGCGCGUGAGAUAGCGAAUCGUAUCAUCCAUCUUCUGUGUCUUCUUGAUGAAAUACCCAUUCACGACCUGCGACGACGCGAUGGCGGAUUCCACCGCCUCCUCGUACUUCUGGAAGUGGUCCGCGUUCAUGGAGAUCUCCUCGAUGAUGUAUAUGACGUUCUUGACCCCCGAUUUCCGGAGUCGGAAUUUCUGCUCGUGGAAGCGCCCGUCUUUGAUGCUGCCGACAAGGUCGUCGAGGCGCUUACGCUCGAUGAUCCAGUCGAGCAUGAUUUCGUCGCCCUCGAGGCCGUGGCGCUGGAGGUAGUGCGGGUCUUUGCAUUUUGCGACCCAGAGGGCGUCGCCGAGGUCGAGACUUCGCAUGAUGGGGGUGACGCCCUUCUUGGUGAGCUCGACGCGCAUGUAGUCUCUGUCUUCCUUGGCGCGGACUUCUCGGACGUCGAGGACUAGUUCUAGCGUGAAUACUGAGGAUGGGAUGGUGAUGGGUGAGAAUGUGGGAAGGGCGAUUUCGUCUGCUAGCGCGUCUCCGAAUGGUACAAUAUCAUUUUGUAUACCAUCCAUUCCAUUAUCAUACUGCGGUUCUGAUCGUGAAGGAGGGGGGGGACUCGAAUUAAGGGCCAUGAACCCAUCAUCGUCCGCUACACCUAGUGUUGGUCCAGCUGGAGCACGUUGUCGAGAUUUCGGCGGCACUACAGGGGCAUCGAGCGUACUCUGUUUGGGAUCCGCAGUCGGCUGUGAUGCCUUGAUUCGUGAGGCGACUUCGUAUCCUUCGUCCGUGAGACAGUAUUUCCUCAACGGUCGACCCUUCUCGGCAACGAGGUCCUUUUCCAGGAGCGUCUUCAUCGAAUUCCACGCUGUGUAGAACUUGGUCGGGUCACUAGACGCAGUGAAUGAAGAGUCGCAGUACGGUUGAGCCAGCUCAAUUGUUUGCUGCUUCGUAAUUCCGGAGGGCGCACUCUCUGGGAUGGUGGACAGCGCGAGGAUCAGCGCGUAGGGUCCGGAUCGUAAAGUUGGUACGUAGGCCUUCUUUUUCCUGGCCGGCUUCGUGGGAGCAGUGCCAUCAUCGGCGUUGGAUUUCCCUUCAUUAACCUUUCGGGGCAGGUCAGGCAUGGCAAGUCCAUUUGUCUGGCAAUGGUCUUUCAGUUUAUCCGUCAGUCGCUCGCAGAGUUUGGGUCCGAAGCCGUGUAAUUGUUGUGCCUCUGCAGGAUGCUGAAAUGGGAGUGGACAUGACUUCAAGGAGUCGUAGGCCUUUCUAUAGACUGUAAACCCUUUCGAAUUGCGUUCUCUUGCUGUAUCCAGCCAUUCUUUGACCCAGCCAAGGAGUAAUGGAUUGGCACACUGUUCGUCUGCCAUUGCGCAAGAAUCCAGUAUACAAAAGAUACCACAGAAGCAAUUUAGCACAGGAAGAGCCCAGGGACAGCAACUCUGCCCUCAAUUCAAGCAAUAGCAAUUAUAUAGGUCGGCCGGAGCAAUGGCCAUUGUUGAUGAUGUCGAACUUUGGAUAUAGUUGGUGAGGUAACCGCGACGGGGAAAAUCGACGACGCGUUGGGGACGCGGGGUCACGUGUUGGACCCCUUAUGCCUCGUUUGUUCCCAUAAGUUACGCCAAAGCGGGUGUGCCCGGAUUAAGCCCCAAACAUGGCAAUCUUCGUAUAAAGAGAGCUUCUCCGCUCUUUUGCCAUCACGCAGCAUCUGUUUCUCCCCUCCCACAGCCUACGAGUUACGCAAUGUCUUCCACCGACAAUAUCCUCGCUGCUUCGAAAAAGCACCCAAAGCCUGCCUAUCGGGUUUUCCAAUAUGGCACGGCUGGCUUUCGCAUGAAUGCGAGCCUCAUGGACUCUGUCGUGUUCAGGGCGGGUUUAACAGCAGCCUUGCGGUCUCGAAAACUUGGCGGCCAGACUAUCGGCGUCAUGAUCACGGCUAGUCAUAAUCCGCCUGAGGACAAUGGUAUCAAGCUCGUUGAUCCCAUGGGAGAGAUGCUCGAGAACUCCUGGGAGGCGCACUGUACGGAGCUUGCAAACGCCCAGUCGGACGAGGAGCUGGUUCAGAUCUACACGAAGCUGGAAGCCUCGCUCAAGAUAAGCCCCGAGACGACCGCUCGUGUCAUCUUUGCCCGUGAUACGCGCCCGUCGGGUCCUAAGCUCGUCGCUGCGUUGGUUGAUGCGCUCGAAGCUACCGGGGCAGAGUACACCGACUACAAAACUUUGACAACACCUCAGUUACACUACCUCACUCGCUGCACAAACACAGAGGGGACCCCGCAAUCAUACGGAGAGAUCAGUGAGAAGGGAUACUAUGAGAAGCUGUCAUCUGCCUUCAAGAGGGCUAUGAAGGGCAAGACGACCUCUGGCCACGUCACCGUAGAUUGUGCCAAUGGUGUUGGAGGACCCAAGCUUACCGAGCUGAUUAAAUACUUGGAUAAGGCAUCGGAAGGCGGAAUUGAUAUCAAGAUUAUCAACGAUGAUGUCCUGAAGGCAGAGUCUCUGAACCAUGAAUGCGGUGCAGACUACGUCAAGACCAAACAAAGAGCUCCCCCUGCCUCAAAAGCCGGCCCAAUUGAGCGCUGCUGUUCUCUCGACGGAGAUGCUGACCGCAUCAUUUAUUACUUUAGCGAUCCUGAGAAUGGUUUCCGUCUUCUCGAUGGAGACAAGAUUGCCACUUUGGCUGCGUCCUUCAUUGGCGACCUAACUCGCGAAGCGGGUCUUGCACAGGAGAUGAAGAUCGGCGUUGUCCAGACUGCAUACGCCAAUGGCGCCAGUACCAACUACGUGACCAAGUCGCUGAAGCUUCCAACUGUGUGCACUCCAACUGGAGUAAAGUGGCUUCAUCACGCUGCCACCAAGUUCGAUGUCGGCGUCUACUUUGAGGCCAAUGGCCAUGGUACCGUCGUCUUCUCACAGCAGGCUGUGAAGGCGUUCCAUACCAAGGAGCCCCAAUCACCCGCCCAGAAGAACGCUCUGGACACUCUUUGCGCCCUUUACGACCUCAUCAAUCAGACCGUUGGCGACGCCCUGUCUGACAUGCUCCUUGUGGAGGUAAUCCUUGCCCACAAGUCCUGGACCCCGAAGGAGUGGGAUCUCACCUAUGUUGACCUCCCCAACCGCCUCGUGCGCGUCGAGGUCGGCAACAGGAACCUCUUCAAGACCACGGACGCAGAGCGCAAGCUCGUUGAGCCGCAAGGUGUGCAGGCUCAGAUCGAUGGAUUGGUGGCCAAGUUCAAGGAUGGCAGAUCCUUUGUGAGAGCCAGCGGAACAGAGGAUGCUGUCCGUGUUUACGCUGAGGCCGCCACCAGGAGCGAGGCCGAUGAUCUCGCAGCCAAGGUUGCGGCUGUGGUGAAGCAGAAUGGUAGCAUUUCAUGAUAGGCUAGAUAUCGGAUGUAGACGCAGUUAUGAGAUGCAAAACAAGAAAAGUCUGUUGAUUUUAAGCUAGAGUAGUUCCGUUGUUAGGGGUACCAAAAUAAACGUUAGAUAUAGUUUAUAAGUUUAU